CGGUGGCCUGUAAGCUAAGCUGCUCGCCUCGAAACUAAUCUUAAACAAAAUCUCUCCCACGCUUCCAGCUUCCAACCAUGGCGGCCGCGAGGAGGAUCGCCGCCUCGGCCUCCCGCGCGUCCGGGUGCUAGCCUAGCUAGCUAGCUAGCCGGAUCGAUCGAUCCCGCAGUCGCAUGGCGGACUACGCGGCGGCGCGCCACCACCUCCGCCGCCCCGUCGGCGCCGCCUGGUGCUGCUCCUUCGCCGGCGGCGUCCCGCAGAGCCCCGAGCACCGCCACCACCGCCCAGAGCUGCCCCCCUCCGCCGCCGCCUCUGAGCUGGGAGUCGGCGACGCGCGGAAGGCCCCGCUCCCGCCGAGCAAGUCGCCCCCAUCCUUCCACAGCUCCCCGUCGUCGUCCAAGCUGGCGGGCCUCAUCGGCCCGCGCCGGAUCCUGUCCCCGGGCCGCGUCUCCCCCAUCGACUCCGACGGCUCCCCAGCCGCGACGCCCGUCGAGGCGGCGGCCCCGAGGGCGCUGGCCCCGUCCGUGGAGGCGCGGGAGGAGGAACAGGAGGAGGAGGAAGGCCUGAUGCUGGAUCUGAGGCUGUGCCUGCGGGGGAAGGACGGGAGGCGCGUCGCCAUGGAGCUGGACUCCGCCGUGCUGUGCGAGAGCAGCGCCUUCUUCGCCGCCAUGGCGCCGGACGCGGCUGUCGGCGGCGGCGGCGGCAAGAGGAUCGAGGUGGACGGGGUGGAGAACGUGGCGGCGUUCAGGGACGCCGUGGAGCUCAUGUUCCAGGCCGACGUGCCGCGGUGGCUCGCCAGGGCCGGUGUGUCACGCGCCAUUGCUCUGCUCGAGGUGGCUUCCUCUAUUAUGUUUGACAGAGGAAUCAGGUCAUGUUUGGAGUAUAUUGAAGCAGUUCCAUGGAAUGAGAAUGAGGAAGAGAAGCUAAAGAACCUCUUUGCUAGAUGCACUUUCGAUGAAGCGUUAUCGAAUGAUGUAUUGGCAAGAUUGCAAACACAAGACCGGAGCAGCUCGGAAGACCUGACAGUUCAGCUCAUCCAAUCGGUCGCCAGCAGCACGAAUAAUGUUGCAAGAAAAGAUAUGCAAUCUUUGAUCAAUGGUCUUCUAAGCAAAAGCUCAGUGUAUCGAAAGGAUUUGUCUGGACUAAACAAAGGGGGCCUUUACCAGGUUUGUUGUUCAUGUAUGAACUUACUGGUCGAACUUUUUAUGGAAGACUUGGAACCAAAACGCAGCACAGAACGGGCUAGGAAAGUUCUGGAGAGUAAGCCUAUGAUUGAAAGAGUCAGUAAGCAAAGUGAGAACCUCAACUGGCUAUUUGAGAUUCUUGUAAACAAUGACAUGGCAGAAAAUUUCGUGGAGCUCUGGGCUAAGCAAGAAGAACUCAUCAUGAUACAUGAGAAAGCAUCGCCGAUGUACAGGUACGAGCUAAGCCGGAUAUCAGCGAGCGUGUUCAUUGCGCUUGGGACAGGGAGAGUGCAGUGCCCAAGCGAUUUGAGGAGCCAAUUGUUCCAUGGAUGGUUUGCGCCCAUGUUAACGGAUUUCGGUUGGCUUCAAAGGUGCUCCAAAGGGCUAGAUGUGAGAGUGCUUGAGGAUAGUCUUGGGCAAGCCCUUCUUACCCUUCCACUCCAGCAGCAGCAUAGCUUAUUGGAAGAAUGGUUUCAGUGCUUCUCAUCUAGAGGCACGGAAUGCCCGAAUCUUAGUAGAGCCUUUGAGGUAUGGUGGCGGAGGUCAUUUGUUAGAUCAUCAGUAGCGGUGCGCCGAUGAUAUGUUACUUGCCCUCAUGAGGUAUACAAGUAUAUGUAGUUUAUCGAUGCAAGAUAAGAAUCCCUGUUAGCUUCGUAGAGUUCAAUUUUUCUUUAUGAUUUGGCUCAGUUCGUCCCAUUGUAUGCACUACCAGUCAGCAAUAGAAUUGUAAAACAAACAACAGAUGGGCAUAGCUUCAUAGUACAUAUCGUAAUGGCAAGUUGGUUCA